AGAAGGAGCGGUGAGGUGCACGCACACAGGCACCAGUGUGCGUGUGCGCGCCGAGCGGGACGGUCGACGGCAGAGCGAGACCGCGGCGCCAAUUACUAUCACCUGGCGGGCAGCUACCGCAUUACCCACUGCCGCCGCGCGCGCCACCACGCGCCGUCACCACGCGGUCCGCUCCGCUCCCGACGCAUCGAUCCGGCGCCCGGCCCGGCAGCCUGCACCGCCGGAUGCGCCGGCUGAAACCGACAGACAUGACACAGUGAAGUGUACGGACAGUGACGCGGAUAAUACGUGGAUUUUUUUUAAUUGUUCAAACUCAAAAAAAUUACAGUGAAAAAUGACGUCCCAGUUCGCCUUCCGAGGAUCUCCGCCCAAUCAGAGCACCAUAUCGACAGCCUCCAACAGUCCACCGCCGGCGACGGCGGGGAUGAGCGGCGCGAGCGGCGGCGCGGCGCGGCCCGGCUCGCCCGCGCCCGCCGCGCCGCGCUGCUGCGACACCGGCCGGCCCAUCUUCCAGGACCCUAUAACCGGCCAGACGGUGUGUUCCUGCCAGUACGAGUUCCUCAACUACCAGCGGCUGGCGUCGGGCGUGCCGCUCUCCAUGUACAGUGCGCCCUACUCGGACGCCGCCGCCGCCACCGCGGCCGGCAUGGCGGCCUACUUCCCGGCGCUGGCCGCCGACCAACCGCCUUUCUACACUAACGCCGCUGCGGGUAUCGAACUGAAGGAGAACUUGGCGGCUAGCGCUGCGAGUUGGCCCUACCCGACAGUAUACCACCCCUACGAUGCCGCUUUCGCCGGCUACCCCUUCAACGGAUACGGAAUGGACCUUAACGGAGCCAGAAGAAAAAAUGCUACACGAGAGACGACGAGCACUCUUAAGGCUUGGUUAAACGAGCACAAGAAAAACCCGUACCCGACGAAAGGCGAGAAGAUCAUGCUCGCCAUCAUCACCAAGAUGACGCUCACGCAGGUUUCCACGUGGUUCGCCAACGCGCGCCGCCGCCUCAAGAAGGAGAACAAGAUGACGUGGGAGCCGCGGAACAGGGUCGAUGACGAUGACAAUAAUAAUGAUGACGAUGACCACAAGAGCAACGACGGAAAGGAUGUAUUAGAUGGAAAAGAUUCUGGAACCGGAUCGAGCGAAGACGGCGACCGGCCACAGCAAAGGUUGGACAUGCUAGGACAGAGGACGGAGUCCGAGUGGUCAGAAUCGCGCGCCGACAGCGGGCCCGAGUCGCCGGAGCCGUACGAGCGGCCGCUGCAUCCGGCCUACCAGCACCUGCCCUCACGGGCGCCCCCCGGCAGCACGCCCGCCUCCGCCAAGCCGCGAAUAUGGUCUUUGGCGGACAUGGCGAGUAAAGACGGUGACGCCCCUCCGCCGCCGCCGUCCGCCUCGGCCUUCUACCAGUCGGCAGCGGCGGCGGCGGCGGCCGCGCGGCUCGCGCACCCGUACGGGCGGGCCGAGUUGUACCGCGGGCUGUACCCUCCCGCCACGCCGGCCGACGUGGCGCUGCUCGAGUACUCGCGGUCCCUGGCGCUGGCGGCCCCGGCGCCCGCGCCGCCCGCGCCCUCGCCCUCCUCCUCGUCCACGUCGUCGCUGGCCGAGCCGCCGCCGCGCGCCUGACCGCCGGCCCCCCGCCCGCCGCUGGCGCACCGACAAUAACCACGACCCGCCGUCGCCGCCGUGCCGCCGGUCGCCACGCAACCACGCGAGGGCCUUCUCACCUGUAAAUAAAUCUAUAGAAUAAUAUUAUAAAUAUGUAUACAUACAUUAUACAUGAUAAUAAUAAAUGUGCACCGGUAGAGAAGCUUAAUAAUGUGAUAGUGGAGCGGAGGGGCCACCGGCCGCUCCGCGCGCGCCGCGCCGGGCCGACUGACCGACAAUACUAGGUGCUAACCAGUUGGACCUUGCAACAAACACGUUUAUGUAUUUAUAUUCGGAGGUGGUUAAACAAAGUGAUCUAUAAUUCAAGAAUAGGUAUUAACAUGUGUUACGUUUUUUUUAGAUAAAAUAACACAGUUUAGACUUUUAUUUGUACCUAUAUCUAUGUAGAGUGUAAAUUAUUAUUUUCACAUUUCUCCCAUAUAUUUUAGUGUCUAGAGGCGUAUUCAGAAACGUGAAAAAUGAUAACUAUAAACCGACCUAUGUAACAUGCGCUAUACACUACAGUGAUGUACAUGCGUGUGAGAGCGGUGCGCUGACAUAUAAUAAUUAAGUAAUAUUGAUGUACGAUUUCACGUUUCUAAAUACGCUUCUUAAUUACGUCCACUUUAUGUCUAUUGUUUAAUAGUGUUUUAGAUAAAUCUAACAUCGCAUCUUAACUAUUUAUUUUACGAGGUCAGUAAGCCUUAACCCUUUAUAUUAAGUUUAAAUAACUACCAGUACCAGAUUUGUUGAGAAUUUUCGAAAUCUGAGUAAUUCAUUUCUAGUCAGAAGACUAUGAUCGUCUAUCUAUGUUAAACAUAAAUGAAAUUUCAUUAUUGAUGACGUUUCAUUUGUCGUUAAGAGUGUCGUAAAUAUUUUAACAUACUGUAGGUACAUACAUAUUUAGUGAAGAGUUUAGACAUUAGGAGGAGGAGCGCGGCGGGCGCGCCGGUCGGCGUCCGCUCCGGUCGGCGUCCGCGCCGGUCGGCGUCCGCUCCGGUCGGCGUCCGCGCCGGUCGGCGUCCGCGC